AUGGGGUCUCUGCUCCUCCUCUUGUUGCUGCUUUUGCUGUCGCCCUCCUACCCGCGAGGCGGGAGCGCGCGGAGGCGCCGGGGUACGCGGACGCAAGGCCCGGGAGGCCCCUCUCCCGCGCCCCCGGAGACCUCAGCACCCUUCUGGGUGCGCAUAAGCCCCGAGUUCAAGGCCGUGCCGCCGGGGGGCUCAGUGUGGCUCAACUGCAGCAGCAGCUGCCCCCUACCGGAGGGUUCCAGCCUCCGCACCGAGCUGCGGCGAGGCGACACGCUCAGUGGGCCCGGUUGGGUAUCCUACCAGCUGCUGGAUGUGAGGGCCUGGAGCUCCGAUGUGCACUGCUUCGUCACCUGCGCGGGAGAAACGCGGGGGACCACCGCCAGGAUUACCGCCUACAAACAGCCACACAGCGUGAUCCUGGAGCCUCCGGUCUUAAUGGGCAGUGAGUACACUCUGCGCUGCCAUGUGACGCACGUGUUCCCCGUGGGCUUCCUGGUGGUGAUUCUGAGGCGCAGUGGCCGGGUCAUCUACUCCGAGAGCCUGGAGCGCUUCACCGGCCGGGAUCUGGCCAACGUGACGCUGACUUACGCGUUACGCGCCAGGCCCAGUGACUUCGGGCAGCCCGUUACCUGCCACGCCCGCCUCAAUCUCGAUGGCCUAGUGGUCCUCAGUAGCUCGGCACCCAUGACGCUGCCAGUCCUCGCUUGGAGCCCUGCGUCCAAAGCCUUGGCCUCCACCUCCAUCGCAGCCCUUGUGGGGAUCCUUCUUGUAGUGGGGGCCCUCUGCCUGAGAAAGUACCUCUCGAUGAAGUCUCGGGCAUAG